AUGUCUCGCCCAGGCGGCAGCAAGAACGCCACCGGUGCCAACAAGAUCAAGCCCGCCGAAGCUGGCAAAAGCAACGAGCGCAACGAAUACAUCCCUUCCUUCAUCGCCAAGAAACCCUUCUACAUCGCCGACGACCUCCAAACCGACAGCGACUACCUCGAGCAUCAGCGUUUACAAUCAGAGAAGAACAGCGAUCCCCUCGCCACAUCAAAAUGGUACGACCGUGGCUCCACGACGGGUGUGAAAGCCACCAAAUACCGCAAAGGCGCUUGCGAGAAUUGCGGCAGCAUGAAUCACAAGGAGAAGGAUUGUCUACAGCGGAAACGGAAGAAGGGGGCGAAGUGGACAGGCAGAGAUAUAGCGGCGGACGAGAAGGUGGAGGAGGUGAGGUUGGGGUGGGAUGCGAAGCGAGAUCGGUGGAAUGGGUAUGAAGCGAAAGAGUAUCAGGAGGUUGUGAAGGAUUAUGAGGCGGUGGAGGAGAUGAGGAAACUCAUCCACAAGGCUGAGGAUGGCGAGGAUGACGAGGGCGAUGAGGAAGGAGCAAAGUACGAGGCUGAGACGGAUAUGGGACGCAAGCAGGCCACAUCAACAAGAAACCUGCGAUUAAGGGAAGACACUGCAAAGUAUCUGCUUAAUCUGGACCUCGACAGCGCCAAGUACGAUCCGAAGACACGAUCAAUGCAAGACACAGCAACCAGCACAAACGAACUCAUUGCUGAAGAUGGUUUCCAGAAGGCUUCAGGCGACGCCACGGAAUUCGAGAAUGCGCAACGAUAUGCCUGGGAGACGCAGGAGAGAGGUGAUGCCGAUCGAAUACAUCUCCAAGCCAACCCUACGGAAGCCCAACUUACUCGAAAACGGAAAGCAGAGGAGGAUUUGCAGAAACAGGACGAGAGGAAGAAGAUGCUGAUGGAUAAAUAUGGUGGGCAGGAAGUUGUGCAGAAGAAGCCCGUCGGAGCAGAGGUGGUGGGGAGUGAGAAGUAUGUCGAGUACGAUGAGCGUGGACGAAUCAAGGGGGAGCCGGAGAAGAGUGAGAAGAGUAUGUAUGCCGAGGAUGUCCUCGUCAACAACCAUACCAGCGUAUUUGGAUCAUGGUGGAGAGAUUUCAAGUGGGGCACAGUCAAGAAUUCCUUCUGUACUGGUGAUGAAGGAAGGCAAGCUGCUGAGCAGGCAGAGGCGUUCAGUAAAGGUCUGGCAUUACCUAGUGCGGAGGAUGUCGGGAAUGCUGAGGAGGUACCUGACGAGGAGCAAAGGAACGAUGGCGGGGAGGCUGAGCGGAGUACGGAGAAGCACGUAAGCCACAUUCCAAACGCGCCUGAUCGACCGGAGAAACAGAGUAUGGAUGAGAGUCGAAGACGACUAAUGGAAUUGAGCUCGGGUGUGGAUGAAAAGGAGAUGGAACGGUAUCAACGGGAACGAACGAGUAAUAAUGAUCCCAUGGCUGCAUUACUCGGGAAGGACGAGUUGGUUGGCGGUUGA